AUGCCUUCCGCAAGCCGUCCUCUUUACAACUUUCUCUUCCGAAAGAACUACGUGUUCCUCGGUGCCGUGUUCGCUUCUGCCUUUGGAUUCGAAAUGGCAUAUGAUUCAAUCACAGAUAGAGUUUGGGAUUCUAUAAACAAGGGCCGUCAAUGGAAAGACAUCCGUUCGAGAUAUGUUGAGGCUGCGGACGACGAAUAG